CGAUAAUAGCCAGACAAAAUUUUAUUCUCUUCCUGUUACAAUGAUCCCCAAAGCAGUCAUCACCUUCCUCUACCUCCUCGACCUUCUCCAAUACAGCUUUUUCUUCCUCCUCCAUCGGAUCGGACUCAACCCAAACUUCGAUCCAGAGGCGACCCCAUGGGAGAAUGAGGAUGUCUUAUUCUCCUCCGUCGGCAUCCCCGUGCCAACAUCCACUUCCAUUGCCGAGUCUCUCAAGUGCAAGCUGCCGGUUAUGGAGUUCCAGAGAUUCAUCCAGAAAAAAGGAAAAUUUUGCACAAAUGAGGCGAAGGAGGAAUGUGUUAUUUGCCUUCGGUACAUAGAGGCGGAGGAUCACGUUCGGGAGCUUGGGAACUGUUGCCAUGCUUUUCACGUUGAUUGUAUGGACCGGUGGCUGAAUCUUGGCCGGUUCUGUUGUCCGCUCUGCAGAUCGGCAGUGGCGCCGGCUGAGGCCGGUCUAAGAGCGCCGCUUUCGGUUUUGAAAGUCCUUCUGGUUGGGCGUCGUCCUCAGUUUAAGCGUUGCUGAAGCUGCUCGGCUGUUGGGGAUUGUCGGGCUUCUUUGUCGGAAAUGAAAUGAUUCUUUUUUUUGUUUGUAAAUAUUUUUGGACAUCUUUGGUUUUACUAAAUCUGUUUUUUGAGUUUUCGUGAUAUCUGUUUCGGUUUUGAAGGAACUGGAACUGUUUAGAGGUUGUUGAUACUAAGCAGCUGUUGGUGAAUGCGGGACUUGUUUAUUAGAUUUUGAAAUAGUUAUUGUUUGUAAAUAUGAACUAUCUAUUUCAUGAGUUUUCUCUGUUUUUGUUCGGAA